AGGAAACAAGAAGAAAUUAGCUAUCCUGAUGUCGAAGAUCAAACUUGCCCCAAGGAACUCGAUGGCUCUAAUCAGCAGGAAAAGUAGUCUAAAGUAUUACAGGUGGGAGAAGGCCCAUAUCCCUGUCUGUGGGAGCUUCAGGCAGCUUUGGAUGUGGAGGAAGUGGCGAGAAGAAGCUUUCUCUGCAGGAUGUAGCUGAGCUGCUUCGGACUAGAGCUUGCAGUAGGGUCGUGGUCAUGGUGGGGGCCGGCAUCAGCACACCCAGUGGCAUCCCGGACUUCAGAUCCCCAGGGAGUGGCCUCUACAGCAACCUUCAGCAAUAUGACAUCCCAUACCCUGAGGCCAUCUUUGAACUUGGCUUUUUCUUUCACAACCCCAAGCCCUUUUUCACAUUGGCCAAGGAACUGUACCCUGGGCACUAUAGGCCCAAUGUCACUCACUACUUCCUUCGGCUGCUCCAUGACAAGGAGCUCCUCCUGCGGCUCUACACACAGAAUAUCGACGGGCUUGAGAGAGCAUCUGGUAUCCCUGCCUCAAAGCUGGUUGAAGCUCAUGGGUCCUUUGUAUCAGCUACAUGCACGGUCUGUCGAAGGUCCUUCCCAGGGGAAGACAUAUGGGCUGAUGUGAUGGCAGACAAGGUGCCCCGCUGCCCCAUCUGUACUGGCAUUGUGAAACCUGACAUUGUGUUCUUUGGGGAGCAGCUGCCUGCAAGGUUCUUACUACAUACGGCUGACUUCGCUUUGGCAGAUCUGCUACUCAUUCUUGGGACCUCCCUGGAGGUGGAGCCUUUUGCCAGCUUGUCUGAAGAAGUACAGAAAUCAGUGCCCCGACUGCUCAUCAAUCGUGACUUGGUGGGGCCAUUUGCUCUGAGUCCUCGAAGGAAAGAUGUGGUCCAGCUAGGGGAUGUAGUUCAUGGUGUGGAAAGGCUGGUGGACCUCCUGGGGUGGACACAAGAGCUGCAGGAUCUCAUCCAGCAGGAACAUGGAAAGGUACAAAUGCUAAGCUCUGGGGCCCAGUCCAGCAGUACAUCCUCGGUGCAUUGCUCUCUGUGCAUUGCUGGCUGUUAGGAUGGUGCUCCUACAGACCAGCGUUGCUUUUUGCUUCCUAUUCUAUAACUCUCUGCUGGGACAUGGUUCUGUGACCUCUAGGGGAAGGGGAGGGCUGAGAGGCUGACAUUUUCUGCACCCUGCAUGGGACAGAGCCAUCCAGGGAUGGUUUGUUAAUCAGUGCCAUUAUCCAUUACAGCCUUUGGGAAUAGGAAGCCAGGAACACUAUGCGUUCUAGGCUUUACAGUACCUGUGAUUCACAGAAAAUAAUGUCCUAUGAGAACCAUGUUAUAUGUGAUUAUUAUAAAAAGGUGCAGCACUGCCCAGAGGAUCUCACCAGAAUAUAUCACAGUUGAUGUUAUGUGGCUCUGGGCCUUGGCCUGUAGUAUCACUUUCGCUGGCAAAAAGCUCCCAGCCUCUUGUGUUUAGCCUGAGCUCUUAAUGAAAUUGGACCAAAUUGAAGCACAGCAUAUUAAGGAGGAGCCUUGGCAUUUACUGCUUCCACAGAUGAGAUGCAACCACUGUAACCACCAGUAUCACAUCUUUUUGUUCCAAUGUUUGGUUCUUAGGGCUGAAUACAUGCAGGUGCCAUUUAUUAGGGAACAGUCUUUAUUUAGCUGCCUAUGUUGAGCUAGGCCUUCUGGGAUCCCUUUUCUUAUUCAUUUCAAAGACAAAAGUUUGUUCCAUAAAAUAUUUUGCUUGACUUCAAUGACUGAUCCAUGUCUGGGAUAUGCUGGCCUCUCCGGGUGAUGUUAACUG